GAAACGUAAUAAUCAUGUCGGCGCCCACUAGAAGUGACACAAUGGCAGAUGAUUUAUUUUAACAUUAUUAAUAAGUUGAUUUAAUGUGCAAAUCUUAUUGUAAGUAGAUACGUAUUUGACGAUGCCAACAGCUACAAUAUUCGAGAUAAAAGAGCUGUUUGUGCAAUCAAGAUUCCCGACAGGAUGGCAGCUCUUAACCGUGAUUCUUUAUUUCCCACUUGGGAGCGUCCUGGCAUUACUCAGGUUCUUCAUCGGACUUCACGCAUUUGUCGUUUCUUGCAUCUUACCGAAGAUGUCAACGGUUCGAAGUAUAGUGCUGCGGUGCAUGUGCUCCGUUCUGGGCGUGAUUGUGACUCGGGAUGGCACAGAGAAUCAAAUGAAAUCAGCACGAGUACUAGUUUGCAACCACGUGACACCACUGGAUCAUCUGGCAGUUGACCUAGUGAUGGCAAAUAUAAUGCCCAGUGUGUGGGAUAUACCCGAGUUACUGAACUGGGCAUUAGGAUAUGAAGAUUUGGGUGUUAAACAGGGACGGGAUGUUCUGAUCAAAAAUGCCAAAAAACAUUGUUCAGAAUCAAAUGUUCCCAUUUUAAGCUAUCCUGAAGGUGCUUCUACAAGUGGCAAAAGAGGAUUGUUAAAGUUUAGCACAUGGCCAUUCUCUCUGGAACAGCCUGUCCAGCCUGUUGUUAUCACUGUCAGACGAUUACCACUUGUGGCCAUAACCCCAUCACCAAUCGGAAGUAGAUGGUGGACAGAUCUGAUGUGGUUUGCAUUUGUGCCAUAUACCAAAUUUCACUUGAGAAUAUUACCGGUGCAAGUAAAAGAAAAUACAGAGAGCAUCGAUGACUUUGCUGUCCGAGUUCAACAUCUGAUGGCACAAGAACUGCACAUCGUGCCAACUAAACACACGAGUGCUGACAAAGUUGAGUACGUGAAGAGACACUUUGAUACUUCAGAUGCAAGUCCGGUACCAUUGCGUCAGAAGCAGAAGGAGCAGCUACUGUACAUGUCAGACCCACUAUUUAAUAAGUGUCAGCAAGUGAAGGAAGUUCUUCCCCUAGUCCCUAUAGAGAUCAUUCGAAGAGACUUAGCAAAUACAAGAUGUGUCGAUGAAACGAUAACAAAUAUAUUGGAAGGCAGAGUCACAUAUACACCAGAACUUCCUGCAACCUCUAAAGCUCAAUUAUCCAGUUGGUCUACUAAAACUCCGACAAAGGAUCAAAAAACAAUGUGGGCAACGUCUUCAAAAGAUCGCAUGAAAUCUUACCAGGAGAGAAAAGCAGAAUUUAUAGCAGAGGCCAAGCAUAAGUAUAUGGAAAAACAUGGAAUAUAGUAAUACGUUGGCAUACAUGGUAUAAACUCUUAAUGUUUAGCUUAUUUCAUUUAUUGCAAACAUUUAACUGUUACAGAUAUUAGACAUGUUCAUUUGCAUUUGCACUGCAAUCUUGAAUUUUAAAAAGGCCGACAUUUCUCAGUUUGUUUAUAAAUUAGUGACAAAUACCUGUGUAAUUUACAUUGCGAUUAGUUGAAUGAUCUUUUAUACUAGAGAAAAUGUGUCAAUAGCAGGCUAUUGUCUAGAAUUAUUAGCCGCGUCUACACGAGGCGCAACGGAUGUGGAAUUUUUAGAACCUGUUUCUGUUCAUGGUUUCGGUCUACUCGAUUAUCAUUUAGAACUUCUAAGAAAUUUCUUUUUUGUUAGUAGGGUGUGCUUAUCAGUGUGGUCCCAUUUGGAUAAGGUCAAAAGCUUUGCUCUUGUAGUUGUCAUUUUCCACAUGACUGUAAUAGUUUUUGGAUUUAAGUGCCUACUAACAAGGUUACGACUUCACACAAAGUAUACAAUGUAGACUGAGGUUCCUGGAAAUUAAACUACAUGCAAAAGCAUAGCAGCCACUUGCAAGUGAGUCUCGAAAAACCAAGAUAUCUGAGCCCACACAAACCAAUUGGAAAGGCAAACGUGAAUAACGUUCAAUCUGCACCAUUCCCGAAAAGAGUCCUAAAAAAAGCAGGUUCUUCAAACUUCAAACAUUUUAUGUAGAUAUGCAGCCUAGGUCUGUUUUCUCACACGUCCGGCUAUCAGCAUUAUUUCGAGUUGAGUUGGGAUCUUAGUAGUUUAAUAUGCAACUUGCUUUUGUUGUUCAGUAUCAGUAAGUAAAAUGUAUGUCAAAUGCUGUUUAUAAAAUUUGCUGGCGUUUAUGAAGAUUGACACUAUAUUGCUUGUGCUGCAGUUGCUCCAACCUGCGAUUGUAGGUUAUUAUACUUAGGUGUAAAUUUUCUCACAUUGUAGAUAACGAGUUUGUAGUGAAAGUAAUGAAUUAAUUAUCUCCAAGUGUACUAUUUAUUGAAGCAUAGCCCUAUAAUUUUCACCUUAAUGAUUUUAUCAGUUGCUGGAUGCUAAAUCUAACUUCAAAAGUGCAAAUCAAGUCAUGUCAGCGAGUGGCAUAUCAAACGCCGGCAAUUUUUUACAACAAACUUAUUUAUUAAAAAUGCACAUUGAAUGUUAAAAAUGAUACUGUUGCAUGAAUAAAACCCAAUUUGACAGAAAGAAAUGCUAAA